AUGCCAAGUCGCGCAGGUUCCCUCCCUACCAUCAUUCUCUCGCCUUUGCUCGCCCACUACGGUGCCGAUGCUAUUAAACACCGUAUCCCAAUUCAAUCAGGAGGAGGAAGAGGAGGUGCCCCCGCCGACGCCAAAAUUCAGAGACUUGGACACGCCGUCAUUAUCUGCACGCUCGUCAGCGAAGGGUUUGAUUCAGAUUCGGAUGAGAACGUAUUGGAUUCGGACGAGGGCGAUUUGGAGGAUGAUGGUUCAGAUAACGAACAGUCGACCGGUGAUGUCGCAGUGGCGGUGCAGCAGUCUAAGGCCGAUUCCGAUGCCGAGAUGUCGGACGGUGUGUCAUGGUCUGAUGAUGCUUUUGACGACGACUCCGAUUUCCUUGAGUCGAAAGACAUUGGGCGUGCCCGGACUCUGGGCAGGAUUCAGCCUCCAGAGCUCUCCUCCAGAGAAUACUCCAACAGCACCUGGAUCACCUUCGUGCCAUUCACAUGGACGCCUUGGCAAGGCUCGACGCUCUGGCGAAAACUCGCCUGA